UUUCAACGUCUCAUAAUUAAAUAGGCGAGUAGAAGGAUGUGUGAUUAUACAGCUUUGAUGAAUACCUGCAGCUCAGGUGUAUCAGGUAUAUUUACAGCCAUCAUUCAGAGGGUGCCCCAUUUCAGGAGUGACGUUUGCGCUACUUUAGAGGAAACGCUGCUCGCAGCUCAUCACCACCACUGAGCAGUUUAUUAGUUUUAUACCAAGUCAGGAAACCGUUGAGCAGCCUGCGUGGCAGCAGGAGUGGUACGACACACCCCUCCACGCACCCGCGGAGAAACUCGGAGAAAAUUGUUCAACCACACGGACUGAUGUAACUACUUCCAUCUGUCUGGAAGCAGGACGGACGGACUCUUCUUCAGCUCUGGGCGUGGACCACUAUGGAGGCCCAGAACAACAACCAACCUGCUUUAGAUAAUCUCAACAAUCUGUGCAAGCUGCCUAAUCAGGUCGAUCAGAAAAAUGUGGCAAGUCGUAAGUACUACUGUACCAUGGCAAACUUCCACAUUGAGAAGAAGAUUGGUCGGGGUCAGUUCAGUGAGGUGUAUAAGGCCACAUACCUGCUGGAAGCGCAGUUGGUUGCACUAAAGAAAGUCCAGCAGAUCUUUGAGAAGAUGGACGCUAAAGCUUGUCAGGACUGCAUCAAAGAGAUCGACCUACUGAAGCAGCUGAAUCAUCCCAACGUGAUCAAGUACCUCGACUCCUUUAUCGAAGACAACGAGCUCAACAUCGUUCUGGAGCUGGCUGAUGCUGGAGAUCUGUCCCAGAUGAUAAAGUACUUCAAGAAGAAGAGGCGACUUAUCCCGGAGAGAACAGUGUGGAAAUAUUUUGUGCAGCUGUGCAGUGCUCUGGAGCACAUGCAUUCCCGUAGAAUAAUGCAUCGCGAUAUCAAGCCAGCCAAUGUGUUCAUAACAGCUGCAGGAGAAGUGAAGCUGGGUGACCUGGGACUGGGACGCUUCUUCAGCUCUAAAACCACCGCUGCUCAUUCUUUAGUGGGAACGCCGUACUACAUGUCACCAGAGAGGAUCCAUGAGAACGGAUACAACUUCAAGUCGGAUAUCUGGUCCCUGGGAUGUCUCCUGUAUGAGAUGGCAGCCCUGCAGAGUCCUUUUUAUGGGGACAAGAUGAACCUCGUGUCCCUCUGUGAGAAGAUCGAACAGUGUGAUUAUCCUCCACUUCCACCUGAUCAUUACUCUGAGAAGCUCCGGGAUCUGGUCAGCAUGUGCAUCAACCCUGAUCCGGAUCAGAGGCCGGACAUCAUCUUUGUGCAUCAGAUCGCUAAACAGAUGCACAUGUGGACUUCCAGCACCUGAACCUGGUCUCAGACCUCUUGUUGUUGCGUCAGGACAGCAGCUCAGACCUGCAGGACUGGACUGGGAGGUCUGGACCUCCACACCUGUUCCCUGAGUGAACAGACCCAAGUCGUGAGGUGUUCAGAGGGUUCAUGUGCAUUUCUGUCUCCUCCUCUUUCUGAGGAUGGAUCUGUGAGUCAUUUCUUCUUGUAGACCUCCACCGGUUCUGGACCCAGUCCACACCUGGUGUUUCAGCUGAACUUUCUGCAGCUUGUUGUUUGUUAAUAAUUCCCUCAGAUUUUACAGUUUUACAGAUUCCUGAGGAGCUCUGGCUGCCUCAUGAGACCGGAUGUGUCAUUUUUAUUUCUACCCGAAGAAAUUCAUGCAACUGAGAAGGUUUUUCACGUUUGUCUGGACUCUGUCCAGCUGAUGGACUGUCUCUGUGAGCUUUUAUGAACAUAUUAAUCGCUCUGUAAUGAUGGUCCAAGCUGGAACAUAUCCAGAGACUUUAAACACAGCUGGACUGGAUAAUAAUUCCCCAUCAGUCUCUUAAAUACUCCUUUGAGGCCUAAAUGUAGGUCAAAGGUUUCAGAACGAAAUCCAGAGAAAUUUCAGAUUAUAACACCAACAGCAGAAAAGUUGGGUCUCUGUGUAAAAUGUAAAUAAAAACAGAAUAUAAUGAAUUAUAAAUCUCAAGAGCCCUUAUUUAAUUCCCAAAGAGCAAAAACCAUAUCUCAUGGAAAAUCUGAGCUGAUGAUGGUGAAAGGUCUGGACUGCAGGCAGGCCAGUUCAGCAGCCGGACUCUUCUCCUGUGAAGCCAUGCUGCUGUGAUGGAUGCAGGAUGUGGUUCAGCAUCGUCUUGCUGAAAUCUGCAAGGUCUUCCC